AUGAACGAGUGUGAAAUGGCACUGCUGAAAAUCAUCACAGAUCGUGUAGCCAAGAUUGUAUGGGUCGUCAAUGGCGGUUAUAUCGAUGGAGAAAACCCCGACUUCGCGCCGGUUUUAGGGCUCUCCCGUGCGCUGAUGCUCGAACAGCCUUCACUUCAAUUCGCGGUUUUAGAUAUGGACGAUGAAUCAGCAUCGUCUGAAGAAACCCUGGGUAGCAUCAUCAAUGUAUUGGAUCGAUUGAUCCAUGAAAAAGAGCCGGACUUCGAAUUCGCGCAACGAGAUGGCGUCCUUCAUAUAUCGCGCUGGGAACCAGAUGAGCGUCUGAAUGAAACCUUCCGCCUCAAGCAGAACAACGGAACCAUGGAUCUUUCCUUAGCAAUUGCCGGACGAUGCAAAUUAGAUAUCAAGGACCCGGGGCACAUGGACACGAUCCAUUUCGUACAGGAAGACUAUUCAACCUCCUUGCAUCCGGAUUAUGUGGGGGUCAGCGUGAAGAGUGUGGGUAUAAACGCAAAGGAUCUGUAUGCCAUCAGCGCGAAGGUUGACACCAAGGAUGCAACAUGUUCGUGUGAAUGUGCCGGUGUCAUCACAGCAGUGGGCGACAAUGUGUCGGAGUUCAAGAUUGGUGAUCGUGUAGUUGCAAUGGCACCCAGUCAUUUUGCAACCGUUGAGUGCUUUCCAGAAUGGGCAGUGUUGAAAUUGCGCGAUGAAGAGGACUUCAAAAUAGCCUCCACAAUUCCGCUGGUAUUUUCAACGGUCAUAUAUGCACUGCAUCAUCGGGCGCAUUUGCAGCCAGGAGAGUCCGUUCUUGUUCAUUCCGCUGCUGGGGGUGUUGGAAUGGCAGCGAUCCAGUACGCGAAGCAUCUUGGAGCCAAGAUCUUUGCCACCGUCGGAACUGAAACUAAAAAGUCAUUUCUCGCGGAAAAGUAUGGUUUAGAUCCAACCCAUAUCUUCAGCUCUCGGAAUUCAUCCUUCCUUCCCGCCAUCAUGGAAGCCACAUCUGGUCAAGGAGUUGACGUAGUAUUGAACUCCCUGACUGGCGACCUUCUGCGCAGCAGCUUUGAAGCAUGUGCCGACUUUGGCCGCUUCAUCGACAUUGGGAACCGUGACAUCCUUGAUCAUGGCCUCCUGGAUAUGUCCACGUUCGGUCGCAACGUCUCUUUCAUAGCCUUUGAUCUAUCCCAUCUCUAUCUCUCGAAGAACCAUACCCAUCACAGACUUUGGAAGACCCUACUCACAGAGAGUCUUCAAUUAAUGAGAGCCAAGGUCUGUGAGCCUUGUUUCCCGAUCAAGACAUUCGAAGCGUCAAAUAUCACCGAUGCAUUCAGGCACUUCUCCUUAGGCACACGGCUGGGCAAAGUAACUGUGUCAUUCCAAGAUCCCAACACCAAGAUCAGGGUCAUCCCGAAGAAGUAUGAAACAGCCUUUAUUGCCCAGAAGUCUUAUCUCAUGAUCGGGGGCCUGGGCGGGCUAGGUCGCAGUAUAUCCAAAUGGAUGAUAUCUUGCGGUGCUCGACGGUUCAUAUUUCUCAGUCGUUCGGGUACUGACAAACCCGAGGCGAAGGACUUGGUUGAUGAUCUACAAGCGCAAGGGGCCCAUAUCAUAGUAAUCCGGGGCGAUGUUUGCCGCUGUGAGGAUGUCGAACGGGCGGUGGCAGCGGCAGAUUGCCCUAUUGGAGGCGUGAUCCAGGCGACUAUGGUACUCAACGAGGCUAUAUGGAGUGAUAUGCCACAUAAUGCAUGGUACACUACUAUGGGCCCCAAGGUGCGGGGGACUUGGAAUCUUCAUAAUGUGCUGAGGAAAAAGGGUCGAGACUCCCAGCUGGACUUUUUCGUCAUGACUUCAUCUAUCUCGGGGACCAUAGGCACCGCAACUGAAAGCAACUACUGUGCAGCCAACUCAAUUCUGGACGCUUUCGCUCGUUAUCGCAACCACCUCGGACUGCCGGCCAUUUCUAUAGGCUACGGAAUGAUUUCAGAAGUAGGAUACUUGCACGAGCACGCAGACAUCGAAGCGCUCAUGAAGCGUGCAGGCGUCCACCCCAUCAACGAAAACGAACUAAUCCAGAUUAUGAAUCUGGCUCUCGUUAACCAAAGGCCAUGUACAUGGGACCCUCGAUACGAUCACCUGGCAGGAAGCCACAUUCUCACCGGUGUGGAAUUCACCAGUCUCCAGGAGCAGCGGGAACGAGGAUUCGAGGGUGAUAACCAUGUCCUUGCUGAUCCUCGCGCGGCAUUGUUCACUGCGUCCUUUGCCCGCGGCGCCGCGGGCGAGGGCAAAAGCGAAACACAGAAUGCGGCGGCGCAACUCCCUGGGGAUAUUGCACGGGCGCUACGCGAUAACCAGAAUAUGGAGUCUUGUCUUGAUGCACUUCGGGCUGUUGUGUCGAAGAAAAUUUCAAAUCUUAUUCUUCUGCCAGAGAAUGACCUGAAAGCGGAUCAGCCUCUGGGUGACUCUGGCUUGGAUUCUAUGCUAGCUGCUGAGUUUCGGACCUUUGUUUUCCGCAUGUUUGAGGUUGACAUUCCAUUUGUUGUGCUUUUGAAGAGGAGUACUACGGUUAAUCAUCUGGUUGAUAUAAUUGCCCAGGGUCUGCGAGCGAGUGCUUAG